AUGGGGUUACUAAAAGCAUUUGAUACGAUUGUUCAUGGCGGUAUCCAACGUCCGGACUCUUACCACAAAAAAAAAUGCUACCAAUUUGGUGCUACUCUGGGCACCGGCUCAUUCGGCUUUGUGAAACAGGCAACAAGGCUAACAGAUAAUAAAGAAGUGGCAAUAAAAGUCAUUCCGAAACGCAAUGUCAAAGGUCAUUUCGACAUGGUCUAUGCUGAAACCAAGGUACUCGAAGGGUUACACCACGAGAACGUCAUUGACUUUUUGGAUUUUUUUGAGUCUCGUGAAAAGUUUUAUCUGGUAUUUGAGCUGGCGACAGGCGGCGAACUGUUUGAACGACUCUUUGACCGCGGCAAAUUUACAGAAAAGGACGCCAUCUCUGUCGUACGAUCAAUUCUGAGCGGGCUAGAGUAUCUCCAUGCCAACAAUAUAGUCCACCGAGAUAUGAAACCUGAAAAUUUGCUUUUCAAGAGCGAUGAGCCAGAUGCAGAUUUGGCUAUAUGCGAUUUUGGUAUCGCCAAAUUAAGCAACGAAGAGACGACGCUCGAGACGGUCUGUGGCUCGCCUGGAUAUGUCGCACCUGAAGUGCUACGACGACAGCCUUAUGGAGCACCCAUUGACAUAUGGGCUGUAGGUGUUAUUACCUACACUCUCCUUUCCGGUUACAGUCCCUUUGUAGCCGAAGAUCAACUUGGAUUAAUCAACGAAAUUAUAAACGUACGAUAUGAGUUUCAUGACAGAUACUGGCGAAAUAUAUCACAAGAUGCCAAAGAUUUCAUUCGACGAAUUUUGAUUCAGGAUCCCAACAGCCGGCCAUCGGCGACGGAAGCGCUUAACGACAGAUGGAUGACAGGCUCAACGGCGACAGAAGUGGAUUUAUUGCCAACAGUACGCGAGAACUUUUGCCCUCGACGUGCGUUUAGGAAAGCUGUAGGCGCUGUCAGAGCUGUAAACCGUCUGCGAACCAGCAUCUCUUUAGCAUCAACCGCAUCCCCAGUGUCUUCAUCUGCAGAAGCCAACAGCAACAGCAGCAACAUCAUCCGAACACCGACACCGGCAAACGACAAAUCUUCUUUCCUAAUAGCCGAUGAUCAUCAUCAUUAUAAACAUCAUAUCAACGAUCAACCAACACCACCGCAGGAGACAACAUGA